GUGAGAAGUUUUCACUCGACUUUAGAAACCGUGAACAACGCAAAGCGCUCGCCCACACUACCCGCUGACCAUCCCUUCUUGCCUCACCUCCGCAUUUCAACGGAGACACCCUGCUGCUCAGCACUCCUAUUUCCAGGCUCUCAAGUCGGCGUUUCAGAUGGAGCAGAAGGCAGCGGGGCAAUAUGCAAGGCGAAUCUGCCAAGUCUGAUGCGACAAGCAGGAUCAGAUUGCCAGACUUUCGCGAUGUGACACGAAAACUGAGUGAUGCUUGUCGUAGCUUGGACAAUGAGACGCUGGUGCAUAGCGAAGGCUUUGCACUGCUGGACUCGAUGGGCGCCAUCGAGGUGAUGGAACCUCGGAUGGACAGCGGCAUCUUUCCUGUCCCGCACGCUCUCGUAGCAGAGUGCGAUAGGCCUCCUUUAUCGUUAUUGGGUGAAGAUCAUACAACGCCUGCAUUUGACGUCACUGCGAAGCUCUCGGCCGAGGAAAUGUGUUGGGUGAUGGACAGAUUGUUAGCGUGCGAGGUGGCUUGGCACAGAGGAGCGCCAUUGUCUCAGACCAUCUUCACCUGCCUAUACAUGCACCAUCUGCCCUUGGCCAGACCCAUUUCUCUCGCUGCCAGCUUGCCAACACAAGCGUCCUUGCUGUCUCGCGUUUUGCGGCCAUUCUUGCUAGGUGUGCUGAAAAGCAUGCACCUCGUCUGGGAUGAAUUGGUCAGAGACAAUGUCAUCGAUGGCGAAGACUACUUCGGUGACAAAGCUGGAGUACAUAUUGCCGAAGAAAUUCCUGUGGGUGACGUACUCGAUCAGCUGGAAGAAGCGAUUCAGUGGCUAGACUCGGGUGCACGGGGCGAUAAGGAAGGCGAAAGUGCAGCCCUUUCAACUACUCAGCUGGUUGCGUUGAGGCAUAGACUUGAGCUGCGAUUCCUGUUUCUCCAUAGCGUGGCCCUGCUGGCGUGUGGAAACACCGUGCGAAGACUCGACGCUUCAUGGGUAUUGGGCCGUCAAGCUACCCAGCUGCAACACUCAAAUGAUGCACUCAGCGCUCUGCCCACCGCCCUUGACAAGCUAAUGGGAGUCAAUGAACGACUUGGCCCUCAUCGAGAGGUUAGCCCGGUCCUUCAGCGAUUGGCGUACCACAAGACAGGAGCUUAUGAUGCACCAUCAGGAAAAUCAAGAGCUGCUUUCGACACGAAUUUUGCAAGACGGCUUGCCUCAGGUAGUGGCAGGCGUGCCGGAAUACCUCCGCCAGCCCCUGUUGAGCUUCCAGCCCCUGUAGAGAUUUACACCUUCUUCAAGGAAUCUGUUGCAGGGCUUAGAGCGGUGCAUAGCAUGUACAGAGAGCCGUCCUGGCGAAGCUGGAAGAAUGCGAUGAGCGAGCAAGCGUUGCAGUUUCAAAGCGCGCCUUCUACGGCAUUCAUCCGCUCAACUCUAUAUUCACUGAUCUGCUCCAACAACGAAGCCUCAUUUGGGAAGCAGCCCUUGACCUUCCUCUUCAAAGACAUGGUGCAGAGCGCCACAGGCUAUUCGAUCGAUCGCAUUCAAUCCGGGAUUGUGGAUGCAGGGACUGUUGAGGCAGCUCCAUGGGCGAAGGAGCAAGAAAGUCGAACCUCAGAUGUGCUCGCAAUUUUGGAUUCCCUGGAGUGGUUCGUUGCACGUGCGGCAGGCCAAUUGUCGGGCGUGCUCGGCGCGCUGGCUCAAAACAGAAGUCGAGGCAAAAGACGCCUGGCGAAGACGUAUGCGGACUGGCUUCCUCUUUCGGAGGAAGCUGCAGAAUUGGGCACAAAGAUCAGACGCGCUCUCCCAGCGGACGCAGCAGCGUUCCACCCUGAGGCGUUGUCCGCGGCCUGUCAAUUGGUCAGUCUGGACAUGAUGCUGCACAUCACCCUUUCUGGGUUUGAACUCGAGCUUUACGCUCCACAAGAGCGAGCCUACGCCCAUUGGGUGACUCUCAACAUCGCCACUGAGCAGCAUGACACCCUGCGAAGUCUGAAGAACGACGUGUCAGCAAGAAGGGCAGCACGUCUGGCAGACGAUUGCGAGAUUCUGCAGCGCGCUGAGCUUUAUCUCCAGCAAGAUUUGACUACCUGCGAAAGGCUCCAAGCAGCUAGCAAGGGGCUAUUUUUGCAUGCCAUUUAUAUGGACCGUGCUGGGAGCGUCAGGCCAGCUACAAAAGCAAAGACACUCCAACCUCAUCAUGCUCGAGUCUCUCGGCGCUCCGACAACGCAGAGGAGAACGCGGAGGCGCUGCGCUUCGCCACCUUCGGAAUGCGCUUCAAGUGGAUGAACGUGCAUCGUCAUGCUGUUCACGGGCGUAACGAAGCAUUGAACGUUCGAAUGCAGCAGUCCGAGGCUCAGAUGACUCGGCUAUGGGACCUUUACCUAUCCGAUGAAGCUAGCUGGCAUCGGACAGAGCUCCGCGAGGUUCUAAAAUGCGCUGCCGACCAAUUCGAGGUCGCUACAAGGAAAUCUGCGCCAGAAUCUGUCGACGCUUUGCCGCUAUCAGACGCAUUUCGACAGUCUUGCGAGGAGAAUCUCGCGAGAUGUUCUUCACUCCUGGACGACGAAGCACACCUGACAAAAACGCAACCCGCCGUCAAGGACCUCAUUUGGACUCCUAGUCAGCAUCCUUGGAUCCCAACUCUGCACAUCAGACCGAGUUAAAUUCCACUAUACCCCCGCCCAUUUUGAGUGAUCUAUCGAGACAAAAAUGGC